AUCAAUCCUUAUUUUAUUUUAAAAAACAAUAUCAUAAGAAACAUGUAUUCAUCAUAUGGCAACACUAGUUCUGGCACUAGUUCAAAGUACCACAUCAAAUUUGGUGGACAAACAAUUGAAACAACUGUGACUAACAAAGCUGCUGUUGCCGAUGAAUGGGCUAAUGCAAUGCUAUCCAAAUAUUCUGGAAAACAAAUAGUUGUGGGCUUAGACAAUGAAUGGAAGCCCACUUUUAGUCCAUUCACAAGUAACAAAUCAGCCACGCUUCAACUCUGCAUUGACAACACUUGUCUGAUCGUCCAGUUGUUUUACUUGGAUGAAAUCCCACAAAUACUCAAGAAAUUCCUGGCUAAUCCUGAUUUCACAUUUGUGGGAGUUGAGGUUGGUGAAGAUAUCCUUAAACUGAAAAAUGAGUAUGGUUUUGUUUGUUCUAGUCAAGCUGAUAUUCGUGAUGUUGCUAAGAACAAAUGGCCUGGUCGAUUUUCUCGUCCAGGAUUGAAGGAUCUUGCUAGUGAGAUUUGUGGUCUUUUUAUGCCUAAGCCAAAACAUGUUUGUCAAAGUAAUUGGGAGGCAAGGGUUCUUAGUGAGGCACAAGUUGAAUAUGCUUGCAUUGAUGCUUAUGCUUCCUACAAGAUUGGUUCCAAGUUACUUAUGGAAAAUUGAUAUCAUGCCUAUUAUGUUAUCUUGUUUCAACCUUUUGGUUAUUUCAGCGACGUCUGUAUUAAAAGUAUUUUAUUUCUAGUGUUUAGUCCUUAUAAGUAUAUUUCUCGUAUGCAUUUAAAUUACCUUUUGUGGUAGUGGAAUGAUUUUCCUAUUUUGUGUUUUAGUUUCAAUUUGUCUUUAUUCGAAAGACUGUUUGGUAUUAUUUUCUCAUCCCUUUUAUUAGACGAGUUUACUAUUA